UCAUUUAUACUUCGGGAUAACAAAUUUAUUAAUUUAAUUAUUUAAAAAAAAAAAUUAAAAAUUUUUAAUUAAUUUAUUCAUUCAAAAACUCAAAUUUUUUUUAUUUAUGUAAAAAUUUAAAAUAGUGACAAUGUUGCAAAUAUUAUUUAUUAUUUCAUCAAUUUUAAUGACUUCUACUGGUCUCACUGUUGGCGCGGGCUAUACAGUAGGAAGUAGAGGCCGUGAUUAUAAUUCCGGAAGCUACAGUACAUCGGGUGGUUUUGUUGGUCUAUCAUCAUCAGCAGCAUCCUCGCCAGGAUCAUCAUCAUCUUCGUUAAUAUCGAAAGACACCCACACAGACUUAACGGAUCAAUUAACGAGUAGCGGUAAUUAUGGAGGAGUAGCAUCCCACAGAUACUCUACAUCAUCUGGCGCACAUAGCAGUGGUGCAAGUGACGAUAAUACUCAGUCCAGUGGGUACGGAAGCCACUCAUCCUCCAAUAACGAUAAUAUAAAUAGCAUUACGGGUACAUACACAAAUGACAUCUACACAUCGACAGAGAUUAAUUCAUACUCAGGAUCAUCGGACAACAGUUACACGAGUGGUAGUCAUGGAUCUCCAUCAUUGACAAAUUACGCUAGUCAUUCAAUUGGUUCUGAUCAUAAUUCAAUCGACUAUGGUUCCUACGGUUCAUCAUCAUCGUCGUCGGCUAAUAAUUAUGGACCUAAAACAGCUUAUAAUUUAAAACAUCAUCCUCAUAGUCACGGUAGUCCUUAUGGAGUUGCAUCAGCAUUGAAAUUCAUGUCUAAUCCACAUCCAAAUUAUCCAUCAACAAAUCAUUUAAAUUCUUACUCUGGACAUAUUGGUAGUUACUCUGGUGGUAGACAUGGUGGCCCUGGUAGUUUAGGAAUGGGAGCGCAUGGAGGACCAGGUCUAGGUGGUCCAGGUGCUUUGUCAAGUCAUGGAAGUCAUGGAAGUCAUGGCUUAGGUGGUCCAGGUCUCAGUAGUAUAGGUGGACCUGGUGGUCAUGCUGCUCUAGGAGGACCUGGUGGAUCUGGUUUAAAUUAUCCAGGAUCAGGACACAGUUAUAACGAAGGACCACGUUAUUCUGGAUCGCAAUUAAGCUUUCUCAGUGGUCAUGGAAGUGCUCCAGGAAAUUUUAUGCAUAGUGCUGGACCAUCUUCAUCAGUUCAUCGUAAUAUACCUUCAUUUUUACUUGGUGCUGCUUCAAGUGUUAAUCCCACAUUUGUCAAAGGCCCGUCGUCAUUUUACUCGGGUGCUUUUGGUCCAAAAUCAGGAAGCAAAUUUAUAAUAAUUAAAGACGGUGGUGGAGCUGGGCCAAGUCAUUUAAUGCAUCCAGAAACCGGAGGAGGAGGAUACUCCUCGGGAAUGUUUGCCGGUGCUGGUGGUUACAAGGUGAGAAGUGCGGGACCUUAUUCCGGGGGUUCGACGGGACACUUUGCUGCUGGAAAUUAUCCAAGUCAUGCCGGUCACGUUUCUUCCUCGGGAUUUUCAGGUAGUGCUGGGCAUCAUCAUGCUCCUGCAGGUGCAUCUGCUGCUACAGGAUCUUAUUUCGGAUUUAAAUAA